AUGGAUUGUAAAAUUCUUGCUUGGAAUUGCAGGGGAGCGGGUAGUAGGAAUUUCCUACCUGUCUUCAGAGAAUAUCGCAGAAAAUUCAGACCUCAUAUUGUGAUUAUUGUUGAGCCAAGGAUAAGUGGGGACCGAGCGCUUGAUGUUAUUCGGGACAUGGGAUACGAUAGUUCUCAUGUGGUCGAUGCUCAUGGGUUUUCGGGGGGCAUUUGGGUGCUCUGGAAUGCUUGCGACUUUGUAAUAACUAGGAUGAACUCUCACCCUCAAUGCCUCCAUGUGCAGGUGCAUGACCCGAUUUCUAAUGGCCAGAACUGGUGCCUGUCGGCGAUUUAUGGGAGCCCUGCAGAAGUUCAGCGAAGAGAUUUGUGGGAGGAAAUUCGGAGGAUCAAUGAGGACAUGGCGCUCCCAUGGAUGCUCGUAAGAGAUUUUAACGCCAUCAUCAGCCCAAGUGAGAAUCUCGGUGGUGCACCGUUUGACUCAUCAAGAAUUCGGGAUUUUCAGGAUGUGGUUCAGGACACUGGAUUGAACGAUUUGGGUUUCAAUGGCCCGGCCUAUACCUGGUUCAGAAUAGGGCUGAGAGAAAGACUCGAUAGAGGGAUGGCGAACAACGGUUGGCUGGAAGAAUUCCCUGAAACAACAGUCAGACAUGUGCCCAGAAUGAAAAAAUCCGAUCAUCGGCCGCUAUUCGUUUCAAUGCGAAAUGAGGCCUCGACAGGGGGGGCAAAGUCGUUCCGCUUCUUGGCGGCGUGGCUGACGCACGAAGGGUUCCGGGCGAUGGCGGAUGCUGCUUGGGCUAAGGGAAGCUCGUUCACGGAUUCAGCAGCAGCCUUUGCAUGGGACGCCACAAACUGGAAUAGGAGAGUGUUCGGCCAUAUUCUGAGGAAGAAGGAAGAUUUGCUCAGGAGGAUCGAAAGACUUGAGAACGCCGGGGGAGGUGAUGGAGCGAAUGAGCAACUAGCCCAAGUCCAAGAGGAGCUCGAAAUGAUUCUUUUCCAGGAAGAGCUCCUCUGGUAUCAGAAAUCUAGACUAGACUGGUGA